ACAGAUUCACCACACACGACUUGCCGUGGCAUCGUACCAAUCCCUUUUGCAUCUACCAAGUAAACUACACACGCACACAACUACACACACAUCCGUUUUUCUUUUCCAGUGUAGUUAAUUCAUGAAUUCUUGGUUGCUUCUGUUUCUGUGGGCAAUCGUGUCGUUGGCCGGGACUGCGAUGGCCGCACCGGCGCCGUGGUUGGAAGGCACGUACGAUCUCGUGCGAGUGACGGAUAGCGACGACCACGAGGUUGCUUGGCCCCGGGAGGACCAAACCUUUACCCUUCGUCUCACCUCCGUCCCGGACGACCCCGACACCUACCGCUUGCACGUGAAAAUUGGUAACAAUAUGGGGUGCGGCGUGCACGUCCACACCGCCACUACCGACGACCCGCGCAGUGGACAAGCCACGGUCACGCUGGAACCGGUCCAUUCCACCAUGAUGAUGCCUCCGGAAGAAUUGUUCAAACUCGAAAUGGUAUUGUCCCGCGUUCUGCCACAAAUUACCAGUAUCGAACUCGACGCUGCUCAACAGCGUUUGACCCUCCGGGGUGCCCAAGGUACCCUAGUCGCCCGGACAAAUGUGGAAACAAAAGUACCGUAGCACACAACGUGUGGAGGGAUCCACGGAAAGGAGAAGGAACUACUAGUAAAAUAAUUACCGUUCCUUG